CCGGGCGGCGGAAUCGCCGCGGGCAGUGACCACCCUGAGCGGCCUGGACCUUGCUCUCGCCCCGCUUCCCCCUCGCAGAGGACCCGGGGACCUCCCUGCGUUAACAAGUCUCUCCGGUGAGAAAUGGGGCAGAGCGAAAGGUGAAACAAGGUUAUGCGAAUCUCAAACACAACAGCGGUGAAUUCACAGUCGUGGGGCCGUCUGUCUGCUCUGGGUGUGGGAAGGGAUUCACUGGAUUACUCCAGCUGCUGAUGCACCAACCAAGGGAGAGACAGACUCCGUUCCUACAUCGGUGGGCUCGUACCGUAGAGGAGCUCAUUCAUCUGUCAACGUUAGCGCAGGGCUUGACUCCGUUAUCCAGCCUGAUGACACACCAGACCGGGGAGAGGCCGUUCGUCUGCUCCACAUGUGGGAAGAGAUUCAGCCAGUCGACCAAUCUGCAGGCACACCAGCGGGUUCACACUGGCGAGAGGCCGUUCACCUGCUCUGAGUGCGGGAAGGGGUUCACUCAGUUGUCCAGCCUGGUGAAUCACCAGCGAGUUCACACCGGGGAGAGUCCGUUCAUUUGCUCUGAGUGUGGGAAGAGAUUCACUCAACUCUCCCACUUGCAGACACACCAGCGAGUUCACAGCGGGGAGAGGCCGUUCAUGUGCUCCGAGUGCGGAGGGAAAUUCACUCAGUCGUCCCAUUUGAAGACGCACCAGCGCGUUCACACCGGGGAGAGGCCGUUCUCCUGCUCUGAGUGCGGGAAGACGUUCAGUCAGUCAGUCAAUUUGCGGACACACCAGCGCGUUCACACGGGGGAGAAACCGUUCGCCUGCUCGACGUGCGGUAAGGAAUACGCUCAGCUGACCAGCCUGAUGAUGCACCAGCGAGUCCACACCGGGGAGAAGCCGUUCAUCUGCUCCGAGUGUGGAGUGCGAUUCACUCGGUCGUCCCAAUUGAAGGAACACCAGCGAGUCCACACCGGGGAGAAGCCGUUCACUUGCUCGACGUGCGGGAAGGGGUUCGCUUGGUCAAACAACCUGGUGAUACACACGCGGAUUCACACCGGGGAGAGGCCAUACGUCUGCUCCGAGUGCGGGAAGGGGUUCACCCGGUCCAACGAGCUGGUCAAGCACCAGCGGGUUCACACCGGCGAGCGGCCGUUCCCCUGCUCGACGUGCGGGAAGGGAUUCCGUCAGUCCACCGACCUGCUGAACCACCAGCGCAUUCACGCCGCAGAGGAAGACUGAAUGGACCGUAAGCUGAGCGUUUCUCUCGAAAUCCGACAGAAAUUCACCAGAGCUGCAGGAGUUCCUGGAUGUUGGAUUCUGUUACUGCUGAUCCCAGGGCAUUGAGAACAAUUGGUUUAUAAUACUCUGGAUCUGUAAUUAAAAUAAAACAGUUUACCUGAGGCUC